GGAACCGGAAGUGAAACGCUUUUGUUGUGCAUCUCGUCAUCGCAUCGCUGGUGUACAGUGUGUUGGCGGGUGUGAAUAUGACAAUGUGAGAUGGAUCAAUCUCGGAAACGGAGAUUAAAUAAUAGGAAAACUGGGCUUUCUCAGUGUAAAGUGGCGAGAGCUGAAGAGCCGGAGGACGUUUCUGAGAGCAGAGAUGUUACAGACGCUACAGGAUCACACAGACACUUCAGUACCAUCAGAGCCUCCAGCCCUCAGUCUGACUGUCAAGAACAGCAUGCUGCAUGCAUCCAGAAGCCUGAAGAUGACGCUGAGAAGACCUUGAUCAUCACAUGCAACAAGGAACAGGGUGGAACCCGAACGGCUGGCAGAAGGAAGGGUUUGAGGAGGAAAAGAGACGCGGUCAGUGAAGUAGAAGCUCAGCAGAAGGAAGCCGAAGAUGAAAUCCAGCCAGAGGUGGAGAUUGACCGAGAGCUGGACAGAGAACUGGAAAAUAAAUCUCGACAACAUAACUUGACCUCUGCGAACGUUCGUAGCAUCAUUCAUGAAGUGAUCACCAAUGAGCAUGUUGUGGCCAUGAUGAAAGCUGCUAUCAGUGAAACUGAACCCAUUCCUGUAUUUGAACCCAAGAUGACCCGCUCUAAACUAAAGGAGGUUGUGGAGAAAGGAGUUGUCAUUCCCGCUUGGAACAUUUCACCAAUUAAGAAGUCCACAGAGGUGAAGGGUCCCCAGUUUGUGGAUAUUCCUUUAGAAGAGGAAGACUCCUCUGAUGAAGAGUAUCAGCCUGAUGAAGAGGAGGAGUAUGAGACAGCUGAGGAGACUCUUCUGGAAAGUGACUUUGAGAACUCGUCAUCGUCUCCACGGUGCAGUCGAGUGAACCUCCACAGAUCACACUCUGAACAUGAGGAGGAUGGAGCCAGCAGCUCUAGACCGAACCUUCGCAGGCACCUGACAGUGGCUGUCACCCCAAUGGGACCCCCAACACCACCACCGGCCCCCUCCAGGGCCCCACCGGACUGCAGCUUUUUAGAGAAACUCCAUGCGGUGGAUGAGGAGCUGGCCAUCGGCCCUGAAUGCAUGGAGUCAUAUCAGAGUGUCAGUAGUGCUAAUGGAGAGGAGAGCCUGAUUUCAUUUCGCACAAGAUCCAAGCGCCCGCUGAGGAACGUCCCUCUGGGGCGCCUGGAGGCGGAGCUACGUGCUCCUGACAUCACUCCAGACAUGUAUGGCUCCGCCCCUGAGGACAGAGAAUGGACGCAGUGGCUGCAGGGCCUCAUGAGUUCAGAUAUGGAGAAUGAAGAGGAGGGUGAUGAUGAAGAUGACCCUGAGUACAAUUUUCUGGCUGAUAUUGAUGAGCCUGAUGUGGAGGACUAUAGGAAUGACAAGGCAGUGCGCAUCACCAAAAAGGAAGUCAAUGAUUUGAUGGAGGAGCUAUUUGACACAAAAGACUUGUCUUUGCGAGACUUGUUCAUUAGCAGCAGCACUUCACGUCUGAAGUCUGACCCACUUAAGUGCAGAUGUCAGUUUCCUGCUUCUUUGGCCUGGCUUAUGGCGACUCGACCGGUGUUUCUCUACCCAGAGCUACUUCCUACAAUCCAACUGCGUCCUUCUAGAUUCAAAGGGCCGUUUACUCCAGCUGAAGAUUGUCUUGUUGUUCUAGGUCAUAAGCACUUAAGAAGUACCCUAAACCCACUGCAGAUGACUUGUCGCGUUCUGCUUGCUACUAGGAGCUUUAUCAGUUUAAAUUCACACAUCCGUGAUGCGUGUCAUAAGCCCUUUCCCAAUGUCAUCAAGACAUACUUUGUGACUGGAAAAUGCCCACCCAUGCCCUUGGCCUGUAAGAGGGUCAGUCCUUCUGACCAUCGCCCCCCGGUGGAGAGAGAAAAGAGCCUCAUGCCUAAUUGGCUCUCGAAAAACCUGAAGCGCAUUUAUGAGCUUGUAAGAAUGUUUAACCAACCAUCUGGAAACUCCCAGACUGCCAAUCCAGCAGAAGAAGCCACUGAGUCUCCAGGUCCAGGAGCAAACUGUAGCCUCUCUCCAGGCAUGCGUUACCCUCCCAGCCUUCCUGAGGACCUUGCUCAGACACUUGAAUCUUCACCUGGCUCCUGCAAAAAGAAAAACGACAAGACUGCUAAAUCCACCAAGCCUUUAAAACCUCCCCCGUCAGCUGAGGAACUAGAAGUGUUUCUGAACCAGUUACCAACCCUUUUACCAAAAACGAUCACAGUUCCGUGUCCAUCACUUUCAAACCCUUCUCAUCUCGCACCGGUUCUUAGGUCAUGUGUGUCUGGAAACAGAGCUAUGAAUGGGCCUUUCAUAGUAUCUAACGUGUCAAACGUGCCUCCGAUGGGACAAAACCCAGGUGGAGCAGUCAUCACUUUACCUCCUGCUCCAUUCACACCCGAACUGAGCUCUUCAAGGACUGUUCCUGUGAAAAAUGCUGUAGGAACACCAAUGGGCGUCUCUGGUUCUCCACAGAGAGCUCAAGUUGGUGCAACCCAGGGGGACGUAAUCAUCACUUUACCUGCUGCUUUGCCACCAGAGCAUAUAGCUGUGAAUCAAACUGCACAAAUAGUCACCUCUAACAUUGAACCAAGAGGGUCAAACCUUAUAAUUACUCUUCAACCACCUCUGCUUCCCAACACUUUAAAAUGUCCCACCACCAUCAUAAAGACAUCCAGCACCCCACUGGCUAAAGAUCGCGUUAGUCAGCGUUGUGGCACUCUGCUUAAAGUUAUACAGAGGGACUCUGUUCUAGCUCAAGUACAUCAAAAACCUCUAAAUCGGUUUCUUCUCCUUCCUCCAGGCUACGUACUUGCAAGCAGCAGCCUUGGCCAUCAGAUAGCUGGACAAGAUCAAACCUUGAAACACUCUUCAGCUCUGAAUAGCAAAGAGAUGAAACUCGGGAAGCAACAGAGAACUCCUGACACUUUCCAAAGUACUGAUGGGCCACAAGGAGGUCCACCAAAGAUGACAUCCGUUCUUGAUGCUCCUACUGAGUGCUUACAAGAAACCACAGCAGCAGAGGAAGAGCUGAAUAGUGAUGAUGGAGGAUUGAUUGAGAAUGAGUUGGAAGAGUGUGGUGAGAAGGACACCAGAGAGCUGUUUCUCACACUUUCUGAAUCCUCCGGGAGCCCGACGGCCAGCAUUGAGGAGGAAGACACUGACAUGGAGAUGGUUUUGGGCAGGAGAGAGAAACUAGAGAAGCAGAACACAACAGAAAGGGAAGGCAGCAAUAGGCUGAUGGGGGAGGAGGAGGAAACAGGUGGAGAUGUUUCAGAUGUCCUGUUUGUGCCAGAGCUUCAGAAAACCAUUGAGAAAUUCUCACAUCUGGCCACAAAGACGAGAUCUGAAAAGGAAGGAAGUUCAGAUGAUGGAAAAUCAAGCCAUCAACCUGCAAGUUCUGUGGAGAGCUCUUUGGUCAUUUACGAUGAUGCAUCUGAUGACGAUCCUUACAGAGACGCUAAAGAUGUUGCCUUUGCCCAGGCUUACCUAGAGAAGGUGUAUGAGGUGCUGCAGAUGGUGCCUGGGAAAGUGGACGAGUUCCUGCGUGUUCUGUCUGAGUUUGAGAAGGAUCCAGAAAGUCGCACAUCACUAGAGCUGCUGACGAGACUCAAGCCUGUGCUGAGCGACUGGCCUGAGCUGCUUCGGGAUUUCGCUGCCUUCCUGCAUCCAGAUCAAGCCAGAGAGUGUGGCCUGCUGGCAGAGCAGCAGGCGUUUGAGCGCAGCAGACGGUUUCUACGCCAGCUGGAGUGUACUUUUGGAGAUCAGUCAGAUCUCUACAGAAAGGUGGUGCAUAUUCUACAAGGGGGUGCUUCACAGGAUCUUCCUGACUUCAGAGAGAUGAAAGCUCAACUAACAUUGCUGUUCAGUGAUCAUACCGAUUUGCUGGAGGCAUUCUGGGAAUUUUUUAAGCAGCUAUACCCACAAGUGCAAGAUGAGGAUCAUGCAGACAGUGUGGAAACCAUUCAGGGCUUGGAAGGAAACCAUGCAUGUCAACCAAUCAGAACUGUCGUACCAGAUAAAAAAAUGGAGCCAGUCAAAACAGCCAUUAAACAUAGAAGAAAAAGAGAUAAACAUGUUCAGAUGGCAGAAACAAAAAAGAUCAAGGCCAAGAAACACAGUGUGGCAACAGAGUCAAAAAAGAAGGCAGCUGAAUCUUCCUCAGUGGACAGUGAACAGUCUUCAUUUAACUCUACAGGAAGCUCAGUCUGUGCCAAGAAUAUCUCUCGCACACCAAAUGGGAAAAAAGUAGUCCUCUGGACGAGGGAGGCAGACCGUGUAAUACUGACCACCUGUCAGCGGAGAGGAGCCAAGCCGGCCACGUUUCAUGCCAUUGCAGCCCAGCUUGGCAACAAAACAGCCAACGAGGUUUUGGAGCGCUUUCAAGACCUCAUUAAGUUGUUCCACAAAUCCAGCAAGUUACAUCACACAAGCCAGUCGGACACAGAGAUCCAGUCCGGCACGAUAGAAGAUGAACCGGACUGACAUUAAAAAUCUGCUGAACAAUAAGACUUGAAGGAUGCGUGCAGGCUGGACCUGACGCCUGAAUUGAAGCAGAAACAAUGUAACACUUUAAAUCUGUGCUCCUGAAGUACUUGAACAAAAGAAACACCGUGUGAUAUUAAGAAAUUUGGGUAAAAAACAUAUUUAUGAUUCUUGAUUUUGAAGGCAUGCACAAGCUUAAAACAGUAGUAAGACAUUAAUUGUGGAGUUAGUGUUACAUUUUUCUAGGGGAUGUAAAAAUAUUUUUUUCUGCCUAAAUCAACAAAGGCAUUAAUAGUUUCAGAAAUUACAGUGAAUUGUCUUAAUUGUUAUUAAUAUGGUUUCAUAAUAAUUAUAUGAAGGU